AUGUUGUUCGCAAGGCCAUGGACGAGCCUGUGCUUGCUCGCGGGGACUUGGACGGGUGCUUGGGCGCGGCAAGGGGGGCUGAGCGAGGAUCCUGACAUCAAGGCCAUCUCGCUACGCACACAUAGCCUCGAGCCUCCAUACCUUGAUUCGGACAUGCAAAGCCGUUGGUGGGAUUUUGGCGGAGACACUAUUAUUCGAACUGAUAAGUACAUUCGACUGGCUUCGGACAAGCCCUCGCGCGAUGGCUGGCUGUUUUCGAGAGUGCCUCUUACGGCUACGAACUGGGAGAUCACUUUCGAGUUCAAGAUCCAUGGUCAAGGCAACCUCUACGGCGACGGCUUUGCCAUGUGGCUCACCAAGCAGCGCGCGCAGCCAGGAAAUGUCUUUGGCCACACAGACAAGUUCGAAGGGCUCGGCCUCUUCUUCGAUACCUACAAGAACAACCGUCCCGGUACCGUGUUCCCAUACAUCAUGGCCAUGAACGGUGAUGGAAACACGCCAUACGACAAGGACAACGACGGCAAGGCCAAUGAGGUCGCUGGUUGCUCGGCCCGUGGAAUUCGCAAUGCCCAGAUCGCGACCAAAGCCCGUCUCACAUACUUCCAAGAACAAUUCCUCCGUCUCGAGCUCCAAUACAAGUCAGAAGGCGAAUGGACUCAAUGCUUCGAGAUCCCCAACUUCAAGGUCCCACCCGUUGCCUACCUAGGCUUCUCUGCUGAAACUGGUGAACUUUCCGACAACCACGACAUCGUCUCCGUCAAAUCACAAAACCUCUACAAGAAGAACCCAAGCGCCGGUUCGUCCUCAGGAAGCUCAGGCGCCAAGACUGCUUCGUCCAUGACCCGGGAAAAGAGCAGCAGCGGUGGAAGCUGGACCUGGUUCCUUGUCAAGUUUGUGCUGUUCGGCCUGGCCCUGACUGGUGCCUACGUUGGCUUCACCAUUUACAGGACGAAGCAAAGAGAUCGUUUCUAG